GUGACCUCUACUGCAAUUGAAAACAUUCUGGAGCUGAGUGUAAAUCAAUUGGCUAAAGUGAUAUGAGUUGGAUCUUCGUAAGAAUUAAUUUCCCCGCAUUUACAAAUUACAUCAACGUAAAACAGGCAUAUGUGCACCGUGCCGCUUGAUUUCCGAUUAGGGGUGUAUAGCGUGACAGUCGGCGUUGAGCCCGUUCCCGCACUGCAACAUCAACAUGGGUGUGAUCAGUGUGCAGCUGGUCGUUACCAUGGUAAUGGCCUGCGUGAUUCAGAAAAUUAUACCUCACUACUCUUUUGCAAGAUGGCUCCUUUGCAGCGGCAGCCUGCGGUGGUACCAGCAUCCCACAGAAGAUGAGCUGAGGAGCCUGGCUGGGAAGCACCAGAAAGGAGGGAAGAACAAAAAGGAAAGGAAAAACAAUGGGCACAUAGAGAACAAGCCACUGACCAUUCCCAAGGACAUUGAUCUCCAGCUAGAAACUAAGUGCAUUGCGGAAGUGGACACUCUAGCUCUGCACUACUUCCCAGAGUUUCAGUGGCUGGUGGACUUCACAGUGGCUGCUACAGCAGUUUACCUCAUCACCGAGCUGUACUUCUGCCUGGCUGAACCCAGCGGAGAGAUGAACAUCAGUGUGGUGUGGAGUCUGUUGGUGCUGGCUUUUGUUGUUAAGAUACUUUUCUCCCUCACAGCUCACUACUUUAGGCUAGAAGAGGGUGGGGAGCGUUCUCUUUGCAUCACCUUUGCCGCCUUCUUCUUUGUUAAAGCCAUGGCCAUCCUCAUUGUCACUGAAAACUACCUGGAGUUUGGACUCGAGACAGGUUUUACUAAUUUUUCUGAAAGUGCCAUGCGGUUUCUGGAGAACCAAGGCCUAGAGUCCCAGGGCCCCAUAUCAAAACUGACCUUUAAGCUGUUUUUGGCUCUGCUCUGCUCCCUGAUUGGAGCAUUCCUCACCUUCCCUGGCCUUCGAUUGGCCCAGAUGCAUCUUGAUGCCCUCACCCUAAACACAGGCAGAGUCACACAGACCUUGCUGCAUAUCAACUUCUUGGCUCCUCUUAUAAUGGUACUGUUGUGGGUGAAGCCCAUAACCAAGGAUUAUAUAAUGAAUCCCACCCUGGGGAAAGAAAGUGUGCCUUUGAUGUCUGAGAAGACGUACGAUACACUCCGCCUGUGGGCAAUCCUACUGCUCUGCGCGCUGAGGCUGGCAAUGGUGCGUCACCACCUUCAGGCCUACCUCAACCUGGCCCAGAAGGGCGUGGAGCAGAUGAAGAAGGAGGCAGGCCGCAUCAGCACCAUGGACCUGCAGAAAAUGGUUGCUCGUGUCUUUUAUUACCUGUGUGUGAUAGCUCUUCAGUACGUGGCACCCCUGGUGAUGCUGCUGCAUACGACUCUGCUGCUAAAAACGUUGGGCGGAUAUUCUUGGGGCAUUUACCCCGACGACGGUUCACCUUGCGUUGCUAACGAGGACUCUCACGGCGAAACACCGGGGCAAGGGGAAGCACGUGUCGCACACACGACAGCCCAGCUCACUGUGGCUCUAGGUGGACUGAGGACAGUCUUCACCCCCUUGCUUUUCCGGGGUCUCCUCUCUUUCCUCGCCUGGUGGAUUGCUGCUUGCUUGUUCUCCACAUCCCUCUUUGGCCUCUUCUAUCACCAGUAUCUGAUGGCUGCAUAGCAGACAGGGUGCGAGGUGCAUCAGGGGCCGCAACGAGGGCCAGUGCUAAAGCAGAGAGGACUGCACAGUGCACAGCCCAGGAGCUCCCAUCCCCUCCUCUCACGAUCAUAUCAGAGUUCCUCUCUUAUGGGCUUCCUCCAUGGACUCCAUUUUUAAUACUCUAAUUUUCAAGGUCAAGUUCAGUUAAAUAAAACAAACAAUAAUAAUAAUCAAUAAUGUUGUAAUAUUGAUAAUGGUGGUAAUAGUUAAUGGAGAAGUGUGUCCUGGGGGCAUAUACUGAUUUCCUUUUUUCUAAACACACUGAGAGAACUUUGAAGUUCUGCAUUGCUGAAGUUUAUUGAGGUACUGUAUUUUUAAGGAUGGGUGAAUGAGUGAUGAUAGGUGAUUGGGGGGGGGGGGCACUUUUGUUUUAUUUUAUUUUUUUAAAUACGUGAUUUUAAGGUAAUUUUUACUUUUGCCUUUAAAUUAAAAAAUUGCUGUAGUGAAGUCGUCACCCCAGUGUUAUACAGUAUCAACAAGUGUUCCUACUGUUGCUGGAAGGCACCGGGCCAGUGGUUAAGGGAGGGAUGUAUAGUAAUUAAAUGUGAGGGUUAGUUGGUUGUUUAUUUGUUUGUUUGAUUGACUGAUUACUUUUGUUAGGGGGAGCAAGUGUUUAACAAGAUUUCCCGUAUGAAGAGUCAUGUGUAGCUGUGGAAGACUGAGCUAAUUUAACAGUUCGUGAGUGUGUGUUUGUUGGGUGGGUGGGUGUGUGAGAGAGCGAGAGCACGCACAAACGAGUGUUAGUAUAAAGACAUCAGUGCCUGCAGGCAGCAGCUGACCCCUGCUGCUCGCGGGCAUAAAUCUAAAAAGGGCAUUUUGAACAAGAAAGGAGUGAUCACGGAAGCGAUUUGAAGCAACGGCCUCUGCUCUUCUUUUGCCCACCCCCUUGGUUUAGCUGGUCAGACAUUACGCUUUGAAUCCAGGGUCCAGCAUGAUCAAAGAGAGCCCGCAAGUGCGCCGCACGCGUUCCCUCACCCCUAUUGAUUUGCUGUCAUGGAUCUAGUGCUUGGAUUGAUUUCUGUUUAGCUUUGCAUUAACGUGCCAAGUGUGCUCGUUACCCUUAAUCUGUUGCGAGGGUGACAUCUGCUUGUGUCCGUUCUCCCAGCUCCUGCCACGUGGCCUGCUGUGAAGUGUAAGUGUUCACUAUCACAUGUAUUCUUCAGUGUUCAAGCGAUGGAGGCGAUCAAAAAAAAAGAAAAAAGCCAGCAACAAGAAGAAAAAGAUCUGGAGUAUUCACAAUGAGGCUCUGGUCCCUGUUGAGUACCUGAGUGUAGGGGUGCAUGAAUCUGGAGUCUACAGAGUUUUAGGAAGCUGUCUGUAAAAAUGUGGGUAUUGCAUACAAGCAGCACAGAUAUGAGAUAAGCAUAUCAGUUGGAUUCACAGAUUACUUUUUUUUUACUCGAAUAUAUGUUUUUUAACUCUUAAAGGGUUGUAGUCUUAUCCUUGUUCUUUCUCCAGUCUGAGUUCUGGAGGGUGCACAAUAUGAAUGUAUCUAAUCCUGCCUGAUGUUUUCAGAUAUAGUUUUGAUAUUUUUUUUUUUUUCAUUUCAUUCAUUAUUUUCCUGAGUCAAACAAAACUGCAUUAAUGAACUUUGCCAAACUCGCAACAAUUUUGGUUGAUAUAUCUCAUGUUUUUUCUUUCCAUGUGAGGUUUAACAUGCAAAAGCUGUUUGUUGCCAUCAAUAGCAGAUCUUUCAAUCACUACUAAACAAACAGACUGCUAACAGUAAUUUAAAAUCUUCAAAUUUUUAUUUUGCAUAGCAAUUACUAAAAAGAUUCAGGCUUUAUUUCCAGUGUCUUAAGACCACCCCUGCUCCUCAACAACCAGAAAUCUCUCACUUUCCCAAGUUAAUGCCAACUCGACCAAGAGUAAAGAAAAGCUGUUGAUAUUACUAAAUAUCUCAUUUUGGAGCAUCUUAGCUAUAUAUGUCUUUAAACAUUUCUAACCCUAGUAAUGCCAAAUAAAUUAUAAUCUUUGUGUUUGGAAUCAACCUAUUUGGAUUUCUCAAAACAAAUGUGACAAAUCGUGUAAAAUUAUUAUUAUUAUUAUUAUUAUUAUUAUUAUUAUUAUUAUUAUUAUUAUUAUUUUAUUUUAUUUAAUUUUUUUAAGUAAAAAGUAACCAGAGCAUUUUUUAAAAUCCAUGGGCUGAAAUGGCCUUGUUUGUCUUAAGUGAAUUUUUAAGUACCGGUAUCCUUUUGUUUUAUUUAUUAUUUGGUUAGUUUGUGUUAAAUAAAUGAAUGUUAUGGAAAAUGGUA